AAUGGGUUUAGAGAAAAUUUUGUAAACAGAUUUUAAUUAAACGUUUUUGCUACAUGACUUAAUCAUUUGUUCUAAGAGAUCUGAUAAAGGUCAUAACAUUCAAUGAUGAUAAUGUUUAUAUUUAAAAUUGGUUAUAAGUUAUAACUUAUCAAGAAAGAGGGCCGAUUGAAACCGGAAAUUUGUAUUUAAAAAUUGCUGCAUUAUUAUUGUUGAAUAAUAUCCUUCAAUUAUGUUCAGCUGUAAUAUUUUUGGCGUUUCGAUACCUAAUAAACCUGCUGGUAAUUUACUAAACACAACAUAACAUAAUAUUAUUCAAUUAACUAAUAAAUAAAUUUAUUUUUAUUUUUUAAUCCAUCAAUUAAAUCAAAAUUAAUUCUUACCAUUAUGUUGCCUGUGGAAAGUUCUAGUCCUUUGCAAACACAAUCGCCAAAAAAUAAUGCAUUUGUUAGCACUCCUUGUCGUAGGAUGGGUCUUAAAAGAAAAUCCAUAGGCUCUCCAUUGCACUCGGAAGUUAUGAAAAAAACAAAAUGUUUGAAUGAAGCUAAAACGGCCGCAAAAAAUUUACUACGUGCAAGUAUCCAAAUAACAAAAGGAUCAAAUUCUACAAAUUUAACAGAUAGCAGUUUGACGAUUAAAAGUAAAAUAAUCGACAAACAAAAUAAAAUUAAAGAACUCGGAACAGAGCUAAAAAACAGUGAACAGCAUAAUUUAUUUAAAAUACAAAAAUUAUCAGAAAAAUGGUUAAGAGUAUGCCAAGAAGCCUUAAAAUCACUAUUUGAGAAAUUAAAGGACAGUUCAGAUUUCAAUGGCCAUUCGUUAGAAGAUUUAAUAAAGCAUCUGGGAAUUGAUCCCAUUCUUGUAAAAUAUGAUUGUCAUAGUCAAGAUUUUAUCUAAACUUCAAUUUAUUUUAAUUUAUUUUGCACAUACUUCCAUUAUAUUAUUAUAUGUAUCAUGAAUUAUUUGUUAACUUAUAUUAUUAGAGAAGUCAUAAAAAUUCUGUAACCAUCUAAAUUAACUAAUUAAUGCUCUUUCAUUCACUGUAGAUAACCUAUUAUAAUUUAUGAUCAACAAGUUUCUAGUUUAAUUAUUUAUAAUUU